CGAGUGGAAAAUCUGUGACGAGUGUUUUAGGGGCGUCUGCUACCAGCAACUACCGAAAAAAAUCCACAGCCAUAGCCCAUAACCAAACUCUUCUCCCUUCAAUUUCUCAAUACACCAUCUUCCAUUUCUCUCGUCCACGCUCCAAUUGCAUAGUAACUCAGUGUUCACAUUUCGAUUUCCACACAACAUGGCGUCGAUUUUCUUCUCCCCUGCUGCUUCCUCAGCUGCCGUUCUCCCCAGAGUAUCGUUCCGACCUCGCUCCGCUUUCCACUCACAAAGCCGUUCAUGCAUGUUUGGAGUUAGAUGCAGCUAUGCGGACGCGGGAGUGAGUGAUGAAUAUAAGUCGAAUACUAUAGAUGUAGUGGCUGAUGUUAGAAGUGAGAAGGUUGUGGUCAUAGGAGGCAGUGGAUUCGUUGGAUCUGCCAUAUGCAAAGCGGCAGUAUCCAAGGGCAUUGAAGUUAUUAGUGUUAGCAGGUCAGGUCGUCCAACCUAUUCAAGUUCAUGGGUAGAUCAAGUUACUUGGGUUCCAGGAGAUGUUUUCUACCUCAACUGGGAUGAGGUACUUGUUGGGGCUACAGCGGUGGUCUCAACAGUUGGAGGUUUUGGCAGUGAGGAACAGAUGAAAAGAAUUAAUGGCGAGGCCAACAUUGUGGCUGUAAAUGCUGCAUAUGAUUUUGGAAUUCCCAAGUUUGUCUUAAUAUCAGUCCACGAUUACAAUCUACCUUCUUUUCUACUUUCCUCUUCAUACUUCACUGGAAAGAGGGAAGCAGAGUCUGCAGUCCUCUCCAAAUUUCCAAGAUCUGGAGUUGUACUGAGGCCCGGUUUCAUAUAUGGAAAAAGGAGGGUAGAUGGCUUUGAGAUUCCCCUGGACUUGGUUGGAGAACCAGUGGAAAAAAUUCUGUCCGCCUUGGGAAACUUCAUUAAACCUCUAAGUUCCAUUCCAGCUUCUGACAUUUUUCUGGCCCCCCCUGUCAGCGUGGACGAUUUGGCACUUGCUACUAUCAAUGCGAUCGGGGAUGACGACAUGUUUGGUGUUUUCACUAUUGAACAGAUCAAGGAAGCUGCAGCGAAAGUGAGAGCGUGAUUUGAAAAAUAUCAUAAUCUUGGAAGUUAGUUUUUCUAAUUAUAUAUAUAUAUAUAUAGAUAUAGAUAUAUGUUAUAUAUAAUAUUUUAUUGGUUAAAUUAUAAGUUUGUGGCUAUUUGGUUCGGAACUUUUA